AUGCCGCGCCCCACACAGACGCGUCAACAGGGGAUGUCCCGUCCCGAGGACCGCUCGCGCGUCGCUAUCGCCCUCGCGACCGUCCUCGUCGGUUCUCUCGCGUACUGGUACGUCCUCGAUCGUCGUCGACGAACCACGGAGCGGAGAAAAGAUGACGAGCGGUUCGACGCCGAGCAGAUUCGUCUCAAGCUCGAACUGGCGCGCAUGGCGGAGAGCGGGAACUUAGGAACGUCGAGCGCGUCCUCGGGCGUGGUCUCACUCAGCGCCGCGUCGUGUGGAGGCGUCACGGAUCGGUACUCUUGGACGCAGGACGAGCGAGAGAUCGUCGUCGCGUUCCGGGUGGAGGCGUCGACGCGCGCGCGAGACUGCCUCGUCGAAAUCUCCACAAAGUCCAUUCACGCCGUGGUCAAGGGGAAGACGUUGCUCGAGGGCGAAUUGACGAGGCGAAUCGUGAAGGAUGAUUCGUAUUGGGAGCUAGAGGAGAGUACGGGCGGAGGGAAGGCGUUGGUGGUGACGCUCACCAAGUUGCGACGGACGUACGCGAAAUUUCACUGGGCGAGUGUGUGUCUGGGAGAGCCGGAGGUCGACGUCGCUUCGUUCGGUGAUCCCGUGGUCGGUGUGAACGGACAACGCCCGGGCGACGUCGAGGCGAUGAUGGAGGAGGUUCGAGGGAUGCGUCGGGACGCGGAGCAGUCGAAAUAG